AUGCUCAAGUUAUCUUGGGCGGUGUGCCUCGGAGCUCUUAGCUCGCUACCUUCAGCUGUGUAUGGCGCGGGAUGCGCUGGGCUUAGUGGCAGCGCAUCUGGGAAUGAUCCGUUUUGGAUGAACGACUCCGGCUUGACGUCGCUCAGUAAAAGCGCGUACAAGUCGGGCUAUAAGGUAUUCCGCAAUGUGAAAACUGACUAUGGGGCCGUGGGCAAUGGUGUCGCAGGCACGUACGAUACCGCUGCAAUUAACCGAGCGAUCAGCGAUGGCGGUCGCUGUGGCCAAGGCUGUGUAUCAUCUACAAUUACACCCGCAAUCAUCUUCUUCCCUCCGGGGAAGUAUCGUGUAACUGCACCUAUAAUUCCAUUCUACUAUACAACUCUUGUUGGUGACUACAACAACAAACCAACACUUGUUGCAGAUGCUAACUUCAAUGGCAUUGCUGUUAUUGAUGCUGAUCCUUAUAUUCCCGGACAAGUUAACCCUGAUGGUUCGGGAGUUAACUGGUGGACAAACCAGAAUAACUUCUUUCGCUCAAUUCGAAACUUUGUGAUUGAUGUCACAGCCAUGCCGCCUGAGGCAUAUGGAACGGGUAUUCAUUGGCAAGUUGGCCAGGCAACAUCAUUGAACAACAUUGACUUCAAGAUGUCAGCUGCAUCUGGAACAAGACACCAAGGAAUAUUUAUGGAGAAUGGAUCUGGUGGGUUUAUGUCAGAUCUGACAUUCAAUGGUGGUGCAUUUGGCAUGUGGCUCUCCAACCAACAGUUCACUAUCCGCAAUGUAAAGAUUACCAAUGCUGUUUCUGCCAUAUAUCAACUCUGGAAUUGGGGGUUUACAUGGCAGAAUAUCCAGAUAACGAAUUGUCAAGUGGGAUUUGAUCUCAGUACUGGAGGGUUAACCCUAGCUACACAAAGUGCUGGUGGUGUCCUGAUUAUUGAUUCUAAAAUAUCAUCCACUGGUAUUGGUAUCAGGAUGACAAGCAGUCAACCAAAAACACUUGGUGGCUCCAUUGUUCUAGACAAUGUUGCCUUCUCCAAUAUCAAGACUGCCAAUAUUCAAGAUGCUAGUGGCACUGUGGUUGCUGCUAACACUGGUGUUGGUUUGGAAUGGUUCCAGGGAAAUGUUUAUUUAGGCAAUUCAAAGCGCUAUUUGCGUGGAUCAUAUACACCAGCUGGGAGUCGUCCACAGCUCUUGACAGAUACAUCUGGAACUUAUUUCUCCCGAUCUCGCCCUCAAUAUGCAUCAUAUACCACAAGUCAAUUCCGCACUCUCAUGACAAGUGGUCUUGGAGCAAAGGGUGAUGGUGUAACAGAUGAUACUCAGGCAAUCAAUAAUUUUAUCUCUCAGAACUCUGGUUGUGCAAUCCUAAUUAUUGAAACAGGCACCUAUCUUGUUUCAGAUACAAUAUUUGUCCCUGCUGGAACACAACUUGUUGGGGUACUCUACUCAGUCAUUAUGGGCACUGGGAAGAAUUUUGCUGAUCAGGCUAAUCCUCGGCCUGUCAUUCAGGUUGGUCAUCCUGGAGAUGUUGGAAUUGCUGAAAUUAGUGACUUUGUUAUCACUACUACUGGUGGUUCAGCUGGUGCUAUUGGCAUUGAGUGGAAUUUAGAUGCAUCAUCACCAGGGUCAGCUGGACUUUGGGAUGUGCAUGUCCGAUUGGGUGGUGCCAAGGGAACAAAUAUUGAUGCAGCACACUGUUCCACCUCUGCAACCAACUUAGCAACCUGUGGUUCUGCAUUUUUGGGCAUCCAUAUCACUCCUUCUGGGUCAGGAUACUUUGAGAAUGUCUGGGUUUGGAAUGCAGGCAUGUAUCAAGUAUUGGUCUUUCUUAUUUGCUUAUGUUCAACCAGACCAUGA